CAUAAAGUUAAUCUACUUUUUCUGUGACACGGGGCAGUUAGCUGUUUGCUAACAAAACAAUGAGGAGGUAGCAGUUUUUUUUUUUUGCAUUAUCUCUUUUUUACAUCGCCUCUAAACGGCUCUGACUUCCCCGCAGUCACAACUACAUGCAGAGACAUCUUCUUCUGCUGCUUCGUCACACUGUCACUGCGCACCGACAACCUUUUGCCAAACCGUUCGGAUGUCAGCAGCCCUCGAAGUUUUGCAGAGCAUUGCUUUUUUCUUCCUGCUCCAAGCAGCAACCCUCGCCUGCUAGCACAAAGUCCUCAGGGGAAAUCUGCCGGUUCUCCUCGGCGUCCUCUAAACGCGAUUUUCUCCAAAGACACGCCUCCCGGGUCUCGCUCCGCCGGUGCUUUUCUGAGCCGUCAGACAUGUCGGAACAACGGUUCCUGGUGGAAUACGCCAAGCGCGGCACCGCGGGGUGCAAGAAGUGCAAGGACAAGAUCCAGAAGGGCAUCGUGCGCAUUGGGAAAGUCGUGCCGAACCCCUUCAGCGAGUCGGCCGGGGAGAUGAAGGAGUGGUAUCACGUGAAGUGCAUAUUUGAGAAGCUGGAGAGGGCCAGGGCCACGACGAAGAAGAUCGAGGACCUGACGGAGCUGGAGGGCUGGGAGGAGCUGCAGGACGAGGACAAGGAUCUCAUUAAUAAACACGUCUCAGACCUGAUGGCCAAAGUCAACGCAAGUCCGAAAAAGAAGGUCCAGUCCAAGUUGAACACCUCUGGUCAGCUUAUGGCGCCCCCUGCUGACCCGUCUGUCAACGCGCCGAGGAAGUUCUCCGGCUUUACAGCUGCGAAGGCCGGCAGCUCCAGCAGCCCAGGACCCUCGGCGUCCCCCCCGGCCAAGCCCGGCGCCGGCAGCGCCCUGUCCACGCAGCUCUGCGACCCUCAGCACAAGGACUGCCUCUUCAGGGAGUUUCGCAAGCUUUGUGCGAUGGUGGCCGAGAACAACAGCUACAACAGCAAGACGCAGAUCAUAGAGAAGUUCCUGAGGAAGGGCACGGCGGGAGAUAAGUUCCACGGAGAUCUUUACCUGACGGUGAAACUGCUCCUGCCAGGAGUGGUUAAAAGUGUCUACAACCUGAACGACAAGCAGAUAGUAAAACUCUUCAGCCGCAUAUUCAGGUCCAACCAGGACGACAUGGUGCGAGAUCUGGAGCAGGGCGACGUGUCCGAGACCGUGAGGAUGUUCUUUGAGGAGAGUAAAGCUUUCCCCCCCGCUGCCAAAAGCCUCCUAACAAUCCAGGAAGUAGACGCGUCCUUGACCCGCCUGGCCCAGCUCACCAAGGAGGACGAGCAGCAGAGCGAGCUGGAGAGCAUCGCCAAAAAAUGCACCAGCAAUGACCUGAAAUGCAUCAUCAGGCUGAUCAAGCACGACUUGAAGAUGAACGCCGGCGCCAAACACGUCUUGGACGCCGUUGAUGGAAACGCCUACGAUGCGUUCAAGGCCUCCCGUAACCUGGGUGACGUGAUCGAGAGGGUUCUGAGAAACCAGCAGGAGGCGUCGAACGGCUCCGGACCCAGAAAGCUGCUCACCAUAGAGGCGUCGCUCAUGACGCCCGUCCAGCCCAUGCUGGCGGAGGCGUGUAAAUCCAUCGAGUACGCCAUGAAGAAAUGUCCCAACGGCAUGUACUCCGAGAUCAAGUACGACGGCGAGCGAGUUCAGGUCCACAAGAACGGCAACACCUUCAGCUACUUCAGCCGCAGCCUCAAGCCGGUGCUGCCCCACAAGGUGGCCCACUUCAAAGAGUACAUCCCUCAGGCGUUCCCCGGCGGCCACAGCAUGAUUCUGGACGCUGAAGUCCUCCUGAUUGACACGAAGACCAGCAAACCGCUGCCGUUCGGGACCCUGGGGGUCCACAAGAAAGCCGCCUUUCAAGAUGCCAACGUUUGCCUUUUCGUGUUCGACUGCAUCUACUUCAACGGCGUGAGUCUGAUGGAGAGGCCGCUCUGCGAGCGCAGGAAGUUCCUGCAUGACAACAUGGUGGAGGUCCCCAACAGGAUCCUGUUCUCGGAGAUGAAGCACGUCACGAGGGCAGCAGACCUGGCUGAGAUGAUAACGCGGGUCAUCAGGGAGGGACUGGAAGGCCUGGUGCUGAAGGACCUGAAGGGAAGCUACGAGCCGGGGAAGCGACACUGGCUGAAGGUGAAGAAGGACUAUUUGAACGAGGGGGCGAUGGCCGACACGGCGGACCUGGUGGUGCUCGGCGCCUUCUACGGGAAAGGCUCCAACGGGGGCAUCAUGUCCAGCUUUCUGAUGGGCUGCUACGACCCGGACUCCAGGAAAUGGUGCACCGUCACCAAGUGCUCCGGAGGCUACGAUGACGCCAUGCUGGCCCGGCUCCAGAAGGAGCUGGAUGUGAUCAAAAUCAGCAAGGACCCCAGCAAAAUCCCUGGCUGGCUCAAAAUUGUCAAGAACUAUUAUCCAGAUUUCCUCAUCCGCGACCCUGAGCAAGCGCCGGUCUGGGAGAUCACCGGCGCCGAGUUUUCCAAAUCAGAAAUGCACACCGCCGACGGCAUCUCCAUCCGCUUCCCCCGCAUGACGCGCAUCCGCGACGACAAGGACUGGAAGACGGCCACCAACCUGCACCAGCUCAGGGAGCUGUUCCGCAUCUCCAAGGAGAACUGCGACUUCAAGGUGACGGCGGGUCCUUCCACGGCCGACGACGACAAAGGCUCAUCGGGAGGAGACAGCGGGGGAAGCUCCCCGCCUCCUCCGCCCAGCAGAGGCGCUCCGGCCAAGAGGAAGAGUAACAGCACACCUUCCAAACCAAAGGCGGUAAAGUCAGAGACCCGGACUCCCGACUCGGAGGCUCCCGGCCCAAAGAAGGCAAAGAAGAGCGGAGCAGCUGCUCAGAGCAACGGGCAAAACAAAGCAACUGCUCAGCUGCUGCAGCCCAGGAACGACAAGACGCUGCUGGACAUCUUCAGCGGCGUGAAGCUCUUCCUCCCCGUCUCCGUCCAGGACUUCGCCAAACUCAGACGGUACUUCGUGGCGUACGACGGGGACCUGGUGCCGGAUUACGACGCCGCCUCGGCCACGCACACGCUGGGCGAGCCGGAGGCCGGCGGCCAGGCCCGGAAAGUGUCUGCGGGCUGGAUCUGGGAAUGCAUUCGGAAGAGGCGCGUCGUCCCUCCCUGCUGAGGGGAGAUAAAAACCUUCAGACAGGAGAUUUCUCUUUAAAUCUGCAGAACAGGACUUCAGCAGAGGGUCAGGUCACAGGGCAGCUCUUAGCUUAAAAACGUCUCUCAGGUCAUUUUUUAUUUAAGCUUCCCGACUUACACUAAGAUUUAUUUUUUAAGGCUUUUUUUUUGGCCAAUAAUGAGAUCCAAUGAACAUGUAGAGGUUGCAGAACAAAAAUGGAUGCAAAGCUGAUCAUGAGUUGAAUUUUUCUUUUUACUAGAGGGCCAAAAAAUAAGAAAAAGAAAAGGUGCUGAACUGAAAAUAAACAUUGAUGCAAAAAGGACUGAAUGCUUUCUCUGCUACAUGACUUCAGUGUAACUGUGAUUCCUCCAUAAAACACGACUUUGCUUCUCUU